AUGGAGGCGGCUAGGGAUGCUGAGUCUCAGUCACAGCCUAUACCCUCAGCGGCGGAGCCACCACAGGCAGCGGUGCCAGAGGACCAACAGGGGGAGGAUGAGGAAAGUCAGAUUUUGAUAGCAAAGGCGCAGUCUUUAAUGGAUAAGAUUUGUUCCAACCCCGAGAACCCUAGUCCAAAGGUCCUUCAUGCUCUCUCUACGAUUCUUGAGACACAAGAAUCCAGGUACAUGGAAGAAACUGACCAAUCCUCAUCAAACAAUGGUAGGUCUUCUCACAACGUUGGACGACUAGGGAACCUUAUACAGGAUAGUGAUGAAUUUUUUGAAUUGAUAUCAUCGAAGUUUUUAACUGAAGCUAGAUAUUCAGUACCAUUACAAGCAGCUGCCACAAGGCUUCUUUACGAUUGCUCACUAACUUGGACGUAUCCACAUGUAUUUGAAGAUGAUGUGGUAGACAAAAUAAAAGGCUGGGUGAUGGAUGAGACUCACAGGUCUUCUGAUGAUCAUAAUAGGAAGCAUGAAUCAGGGGAUAGAAAGACCUCAGACGCUGAAAUAUUAUGCACAUACUCUACUGGACUUCUUGCUGUAUGUUUGGCUAGUGGUGGUCAAGUAGUGGAAGACGUACUAAUGUCUGGACUGUCGGCCAAGCUUAUGCGAUUUCUUCGUACUCAGGUUUUGGGUGAGAUCAACACAAGUCAAAAAGAUGCCAUUUCUUUGAUCGAGAACAGAAGUGCAUCAACCUUGACUUGCUCCAGAGAGGAAAGUAGGGGUAGGAUGCGACAACUCCCAGAGAGUUCUCACUUGGAUGUACAGAGAAUACAUGACGGAUCAUUAGAUGAUCCUGAUAGGGAACAUGAGAGAAGCGCCACUGGGCAAUCACAUGUAGAAAAAUAUUGUGUUAAUGAAGAACCAACUCAUAGUAUGGCCCCUGAGGUUGAUGCUUAUAAGGUAGAAGCAGAUGUCACGGACAAAUGCCUCAUUAGAGAUUUAUGUGAUGCAAAAACAAAUCCUGGUGGUGGCAAAUCCCAUGGGGAAGAGCAUUUUGAUGAAAACGAGAGAGAUGACUCUUUCAGACACAGGUUAAAUCAUGGAUUGGUCAAAUCAAGAGGAGAAGGCGGGGUUAGUGAAGGAGUAUUAGAAAAUGAGCAAGCUUUCACCUAUCCAAGUUCUGGCAGUAAAUCAGGACAGGCUCGGAGCUUCAAGGACAGGAGUAGAACAAUAAAUCAAGAUUUGAAAAAAACUUCAGACAUGAAGGUCCUAGAUAGAAAUCACACUGAUGCUUUGCCCCUAGAAAGAGAUGAUAAUGAUUACUGCUUCCAAGAUUGCAAAGUUGGUUCCAAGGACAUUUCUGAUCUGGUGAAGAAAGCCAUCACAGCUGCUGAAGCUGAAGCCAAAGCAGCCAAUGCUCCAGCAGUGGCCAUAUGGGCAGCUGGUGAUUCAGCUGCUGAAGUGGUUAAGAGUGCUGCUUUGGAAGAAUUCAGAAAAACAAAUGAUGAAGAAGUUGCGGUGUUGGCUGCUUCAAGAGCUGCAUCCACUGUUAUAGAUGCUGCUAAUGCAGUUUCAUUCUCAAGGAGAACAAUAAGUGUUGAUGGUGAUUCUCCAAAUUUAAAACCAACAGACCCAGAAACUAAUGAAGAUAUUGGAGAAUUCUUCAUUCUGGAUGGUGAUUCUCUCACCAUGCUGAGGGAGGAAUUAUCUAUCGAGUGUCUUGGGAUUCUUGGGGAGUAUGUUGAAGUCCUUGGUCCAGUGCUCCAUGAAAAGGGUGUUGAUGUGUGUCUUGCACUAUUGCAGCGAAGUUUUAAGCUUAAAAAGGCAUCAAGCUCUCUGCUGCUUUUGCCUGAUAUUUUGAAGUUGAUCAGUUCUUUGGCAGCUCAUCGAAAAUUUGCUGCAUUAUUUGUGGAUCGUGGGGGCAUGCAGAAGUUGGUUGCUGUCCCCAGAACUACACAAACAUGGUUUGGUCUGUCUUCCUGCCUAUUCACAAUAGGUUCAAUUCAGGGAAUAAUGGAACGUGUUUGUGCCCUUCCAUCAAAUGUGGUCAACCAGGUUGUUCAGUUGGCUCUUCAACUUUUUGAGUGUCCACAGGAUCAAGCAAGGAAAAAUGCCGCUUUAUUCUUUGCUUCGGCUUUUGUGUUCAGAGCAGUCAUUGAUGCAUUUGAUGCACUGGAUGGUCUGCAGAAACUACUCAAUCUUUUGCAUAAUGCUGCGUCAGUUAGAUCUGGGGUUUCUUCGAGAUCAUUAAGUAACUCAGGGACACUUCUGAAUGAUCGAACAGCUGCAGAGGGACUGACCUCUUCAGAGAAGCAGAUAGCUUUCCACACAUGUGUUGCACUUGGACAAUAUUUCAGAACACAUCUUCUCUUGCUUGUGGAUUCACUUCGCCCUAAUAAAAACAUCCGCAGUGGGGCCCGGAACAUUUCAAGUGUUAGGGCAACCUACAAACCUUUCGACAUAAGCAAUGAGGCAAUGGAUGCAGUGUUUCGACAAAUACAGAAGGACCGGAAACUUGGUCCUGCACUUGUGAGAGCCCGCUGGCCUAUUGUUGACAAAUUUUUAAGUGCUAAUGGUCAUAUUACAAUGUUGGAGUUGUGUCAGGCGCCAUCUGCUGAACGUUAUUUACAUGAUUUGCUUCAAUACACACUGGGUGUGUUGCAUAUUGUUACCUUAGUGCCUUAUAGCCGCAAACUCAUCGUAAAUGCCACAUUAAGUAACGAUCGUGUUGGGAUUGCCGUCAUUUUGGAUGCUGUGAAUGGGGCUGGUUAUGUAGAACCUGAGAUUGUUGAGCCGACAUUGAAUGUGUUAAUAAAUCUUGUUUGCCCACCACCUUCAAUCAGCAAUAAACCCAGUGUCUUCACUCAAGGACAGCAACCUUCUAUCCAAACUGCAAAUGGUCCCACAAUCGAGUCUAGGGACAGAAAUUCUGAGCGAAAUAACCCAGAACAAGUUGUUAGCGUUCCCAGACGGAAUGAACCAAGAGAGCUAAAUGGGGAACCCGCUAUGGUAGAUCGAGGUGGCUCAUCAGUAGUUUGUACAUCAUCUGUUGGUAGUACUUCUACAGCUGCUUCUGGGUUAGUGGGAGAUCGUAGAAUAUGUUUAGGGGCUGGAGCAGGAUGUGCUGGCCUUGCCGCACAACUGGAACAAGGAUAUCAUCAAGCAAGAGAAGCCGUUCGUGCUAACAAUGGUAUCAAAGUUCUUAUUCAGCUCCUCCAACCACGGAUGGUUACAUCUCCUGCUGCUCUUGGUUGUCUUCGUGCUCUAACAUGCCGAGUUCUUCUUGGUUUAGCCAGAGAUGAUGCUAUUGCACACAUAUUGACAAAGCUUCAGGUAGGAAAAAGGCUAUCGGAACUUAUUCGAGAUUCUGGCAACCAGACUCCUGGCAAUGAGCAGAGCAGGUGGCAGCUAGAGCUUGCGCAAGUGACUAUUGAGUUGAUUGGGGUUGUGACUAAUUCUGGGCGUGCAAGUACUUUGGCCGCUAGUGAUGCCGCUACAACCACUUUGAGACGUAUUGAGAGGGCUGCUAUAGCUGCAGCUACUCCUAUUACAUAUCAUUCCAGGGAACUUCUGCUCCUUGUCCAUGAGCACCUACAGGCAUCUGGGUUAGCAGAUAGUGCAGCCACACUUCUCAAAGAAGCUCAGUUGACGCCUUUACCAUCUUUGGCAGCCCCAUCAUCUCUGGCGCAUCAUGCUUCUGGACAGGAAGUUUUAUCAAUACGAGUGCAAUGGCCUUCUGGACGUGCUCCUUAUGGAUUCAUGUCUGGCAAACCAAUACUUUCUCCCUGUUACAAGGUUUGUAGCUUAAGAUAUGAUUCAGCUGUCUCUUCUUCAAAGAAGAAACCAUUGACAUUCUCAGCUGUACGUAGUUUCUCAAAACUUCAGCCUGAAUUAGAGGAUUCCCCAGUACGCUCAAGCAACAAAAUAAUUGUCUCUACCAUGAAAUCUUUUGCACCUGCUGACAUUGCAGAAAUUUCAUCAGCAUCAGCUGUGAAAUUUGGUAGGGAUUUGGACACCCAAAUUAGAACUCCGAUCGUGUUGCCGAUGAAACGCAAAUCAACAGAUUUGAAGGAAACUGGGUUGGUAUCCUCAGGAAAACGACUAAACACUGUUGAGCACACACUUAAGUCUCCUGUUAUUGCAACACCUAAUACUGUCCGUAGAGGUGGUCUACACGCAAAUGUGUUUUGUACCCCAAUCUCCACUCCAAAAGAUCAAAAUGGCCGAUUGCUACCAUGUACUAUUGCAGCUUAUAUUGAUGAAAGCCCGUACACCAGUGCUCGCAUAGGGCAGAAAUGUUCAUCCCAACCUGGACUUCUGAACGAUCUACAACCCUCUGGCUUAGAAAGGCUUACCUUGGAUUCUCUUGUUGUUCAGUAUCUGAAGCAACAGCAUCGUCAAUGCCCAGUGCCUAUCACAACUUUACCUCCUCUUUCCCUCAUGCAUCCACAUAUUUGUCCAGAACCUAGACGAAGUAUUGAUUCUCCGCCAAAUGUGACAGCACGGCUCAGCACACGUGAAUUCAGAAGUAUGUAUGGUGGAAUCCACGGAAGUCGCAAGGAUCGUCAAUUUGUCUAUAGUAGAUUUAGACCGUGGCGAACUUGCCGAGAUGAUGUGUGUUCCCUUUUGACUUGUAUAACUUUCCUUGGAGACUCUUCUCAGAUUGCUGCUGGAAGACAUACUGGGGAGCUGAAAGUUUUUGACUCUAACAGCAACAGUGUGUUGGAGAGUUGUACCGGUCACCAAUAUCCUUUGACUCUUCUGCAGUCACGAUUUUAUGGGGAAACUCAGCUGAUUCUCUCUUCGAGUGCAAAUGAUGUGCGAUUGUGGGAUGCAUCUUCCAUUUCUGUUGGUCCGAGGCAUUCGUUUGAUGGAUGCAAAGCUGCACAGUUCAGCAGUAAUGGUGCCGUAUUUGCUGCAUUAUCAUCGGACUCAUCCUUGCGUGAGAUUCUUUUGUACGACGCCCAGACUUGUCAGUUGGAUCUGAAGCUUACAGAUACAUCUAACAACCUAUCUGGUCGUGGUCAUGCAUAUUCCCGAAUUCACUUUAGCCCAUCAGACUCUAUGCUGCUUUGGAACGGCGUUUUGUGGGAUCAUCGAGGUUCAGUUCCAAUACAUCGCUUUGAUCAAUUUACAGAUUAUGGUGGUGGUGGCUUUCAUCCUGCUGGAAAUGAGGUCAUUAUAAACUCUGAGGUCUGGGAUCUUCGAAACUUUAGGCUUCUCAGAAGUGUGCCUUCCUUGGACCAAACAGUGAUAACAUUUAAUGCUAGUGGUGAUGUCAUAUAUGCAAUCCUGAGGAGAAAUCUGGAUGAUGUUACUUCAGCAUUUCAAACUCGUCGCAUGAAACACCCUCUUUUCGCUGCUUUUCGCACUCUGGAUGCUGUAAAUUACUCUGACAUUACCACAAUUCCAGUGGACCGUGGUCUUCUCGACUUCGCAAUCGAACCAACUGAUUCUUUUGUAGGGUUAAUUACGAUGGAUGACCAAGAUGAGAUGCACUCUUCGGCAAGGGUGUAUGAAAUUGGUCGACGGAAGCUGACAGAUGAUGAUUCUGAUCCUGAUGAUGCUGAUGCUGAGAGCGAAGAGGACGAAGAUGAUGAACCGUUACUACUACUACUACUACUAAUUCUGGAAGUGGAUUUUGAUGGGGAUGGUGAUAGUGAUGCUGAUGAUGCGAGCAACGACGAUGACAGCUUGAGCGAAUUUGAUGACGGUGAAGAGGAUAUGGAUUUCAUAGUCGAUGGUGCUGAAUUUGACGGUAAUGGAAUGAUGAUUUUGACUGAAGAUGAUGAGGAUGAUAGCAAUGGGUUCGAAUCUUUUAGUAGUGGAGAUGAAGAGGAGGAUUUGGAGAGGGAGGUAGAGGCGGCGCAGGCAGGGCAGGGCGUGGCGUGGCGUGUUUUGAACGCUAACCUUAGGAUUGAGCCAAGUCAGUGGACUUGCCUUCUUUCACAACCAGCCUUUGAUGAUGAUGAUGAUGAUAUUCUGGAAGCGGAUUUUGAUGGGGAUGGUGAUAGUGAUGCUGAUGAUGCGAGCAACGACGAUGACAGCUUGAGCGAAUUUGAUGACGGUGAAGAGGAUAUGGAUUUCAUAGUCGAUGGCGCUGAAUUUGACGGUAAUGGAAUGAUGGUUUUGACUGAAGAUGAUGAGGAUGAUAGCAAUGGAUUCGAAUCUUUUAGUAGUGGAGAUGAAGAGGAGGAUUUAUAA